ACUCGUGUGCAGCAAGCAUUUCCUUCCUCCCCCUCCCCAUGCUCUGUCUGUUAACAGCUGAUGAAGUGAUCCUGCAGCAAACUUUCUAAGAAACGUGAACUAUUUUGACGUAAACGCAAGGACAAAAUCAGUUGACAUGACUAAAGAGGAUGCCCAAGGGUCCACGGCCGAGGAGACCCAGUCUAAGAAGGGCCUGAAGAAACAACAGAAGGAAGCGGAGAAAGCGGCGAAGAAGGCUGAGAAGCAGGCCAAGCUGGCCGCUGACCAGCAGGGCACAGAGGAAGAUGACUUUGCCAAGGACCAGUACGGUAUUGCUGCUAUGGUGCAGUCUCAGCAGAAACUGGACAGGGAGCUGGUCCGUGUCCAGGACUUGACGCCUGAGAUGGCAGACAAGGUGAUCUGGCUCCGGGCCAGAGUCCACACCAGCCGAGCAAAAGGGAAGCAGUGCUUCUUGGUCCUGCGUCAACAGCAGUUCAACGUGCAGGCCCUGGUCGCCGUGGGAGACCGUGCCAGCAAGCAGAUGGUCAAGUUCGCCGCAAACAUCAACAAGGAGAGCAUCGUGGACGUGGAGGCCACUCUGAGGAAGGUGGAGCAGAAGAUCGAGAGCUGCACCCAGCAGGAGGUGGAGCUGCACGUGGAGAAGAUCUUCGUCAUCAGCCAGGCGGAGGCGAGGCUGCCGCUGCAGUUGGAGGACGCGUCCCGCCCCGAGGGCGAGGGAGACGAGGAUGGCAGAGCCACGGUGAACCAGGACACCCGUCUGGACAACAGGGUCAUCGACCUCAGGACCACAACCAGCCAGGCCAUCUUCCGUCUGCAGGCGGGGGUCUGCAUGCUCUUCCGGGAAACGCUCACCAAGAAGGAUUUCGUGGAGAUUCAGACCCCUAAAAUCAUCUCAGCGGCCAGCGAGGGUGGCGCCAACGUGUUCACGGUGUCCUACUUCAAGACCAGCGCCUAUCUGGCCCAGUCCCCCCAGCUCUACAAGCAGAUGUGCAUCUGCGCUGACUUCGACAAGGUGUUCUGCGUGGGCCGGGUAGGAAAGACCUCCCACCUCACCGCCUCCUCCACCCCCACCCUCGACCAUCCCCACCCUGGUGCUCGCCAUCCACAACACCACCCACGACGACAACCUCCUCCCCUCCUUUACCCAUGUCAUUCCCUCUCUCUUUUCCCAUGUCAUUCCCUCUCACUUUUCCAUAUGUAG